CAUAGGCAACGAGAGCAACCGCCACUUGUGAACGAUCAUAUACUAAAGCUUGAACGAGAAGAAAAUGUCUGAAGAUUUGACCAAAUCUGUAACUAUACAACGCAACACCAAGAAAAAGUCUGGCUACUCAGUAUCGGAAAAUGAUGAUGCGUACUAUUUAGAAACAACACCUGCCAGAGCUCGGGCCAACCCUGGCGACCGAGUCGUCAGAAUAAAUGGUGUCCCGGCGGACGAGUUCCACGAUGAAGAGUAUGCUAAUGAUUUGAUCGAGAGCAUUCGAAUCGUGGUGGUUCCCAAGGAUAAACUCGAUGAAUACGACGAAGAAGAGGGGUACAAAGAAUCUGACCGAUCACGGGGGAAUAUGAACAAUGUGUCUCUCAUGUCGCCUGCAACAGUUUCGAAUCUAGCCAGAGUAAGUACGAUGCCAAAUUCACGGCCAAUGUUUAAUCUUCUCUUGUCUCUGACGCUUCAAAAAUCAUUUGUCGUUAGAUUUAUCAUUGUGACCACUGUGGCUUCGAUAAUGAAGAUUUAUCUUUAGAUGAAGAUGGCGAUUACGUUUGUGAAGAAUGCGGCCAUGUUAUUGAUUCUGUUAGUCCAUUUGAAAAUAAUGAAGCUGAUUGCGAUGAUCGAAAUCCUAAAAUGAGUACUUACGUGUGUCCCGAAUGCAAGCACGAGAACAUUAAUCCUCAACCAGACGACGAGGGAGAUCGGGUUUGCGAAGAAUGUGGCUGCAUUCUUCCCGAAAAGAAAACAUACGAAUGUGACGUCUGCAAGCACGAGACGAUCGAUCCCAAGCUUAACAAGCGUGGCGACUUCGUAUGUGAGAAUUGCGGUUCUGCUUUGGAUGUUGACGUAAGUAGGAUGAUUCACCCGGAAAUUGGAGAGAAAAAAUUAUUUCAUUCUUACUGACGGAUAUUAUUUUCGGUAUGUCAUAGGAGGAUUAUCGAAGGAGCGCAGCACAACAACUGAACGAACUGCAAGAUGACGAUUCUGAUGGACCCGGGGGCGGCCAGCGAUUUGAUGAGAACGGAAUGCCGAUCACGAAUGCAAAAGGUAAAAAACUGACCCCGGCCGACAUGUUUGAACCCGGUGAUGUUAUUACAGUGUCGGUUACCAAAAGCAAUGCAAAGCAAGACGCUGGUAUGAAAAUUGAAGAGAGGAACGGAAAAUACUACGUUUGCAAAGUUCCAUCUGGAGGACACUUCUCGAAGACACCAGUAAUUGCAGGAGAUAAAAUAUUGGAGCUAAAUGGUAUCGACUCACAUGACUUUAAAGAUGUAAAUGAACUGAAGAAAAUCCUGAAGAGUGAGAAGAAAAUUUCUGUCGUUGUCGAGCGGAAGGACCCCGAUGCCUCUGAGAGUAGUGCUUCGUCCAUAGAUUACGAAGGAUUGAGAGCAAUCGAGGUGAACUCCACCCCUGCUGACGACAUUAAAGGCAGUGUCGAUGAUGAGAUGGAAGAUGCUAUUGACAACGAGACUGACGACAAGAUUGACGAUGACACUGACGACGACGAAUCGAGAGGAAGCAAACCGAAUGCCAAGCCUGAAGACGACAGUGUUGCUUCGUCUGUUGAUCAUKACGGAAUGCGAGCGGUCAAGUUGAACACUGCGGACGACGUAAAGAACGGCAACUACGAUGACUUGGAUGACGGAAUUGACGACUAUGUUGACUUCGAUGAUCUUGAUGAUGAGCAGAUGAGAGCAUUGGAAUCUAAGCCCGAGACAGUAGGUGAUGAUGAACAAAACGAGGUUGGCGGUGGCAACAAAUACGACAGCGAGACUGACACAGACAGCGACGACGACGGCAACAAAAACAACAACAAUAUAUCGAGAGCAGUUCGUCCAAACCCUGCGCUUGCUGCAUAUGAUAGUGGCAAAGAUAACGGCGACAACGACACCAGAGAAACAGUAGACGAUGAUACGGCCUCUUACAACGGUGAAGAUUGUGGAGUGUCGUGGUGUCCCCACUGUCGUCCGUAUUCUUAGUAGAAGGUUCUUGAUUAACUCUUAUUGAAGUUCCGUACUACGAAAGUAUAAAAAAUGUUUUCAACU